CAGCCCCUUAAACAGACAUAAUAAUGUAAAACCAAGAAUAUACAUAUUUAUAUAUUUUUUUAUUAUUAGGUUGGCAAAUCCUAAAUUACUGCAGGUCCAUGCCGGUACAAACUUUUUGAACAUAAAAGGAGAUGUUUACGACAUAGCGAGCUUUACUACUCACUACGAUUACGACCCUACUCGUUUUAUUAAUGACAUCGCCUUAAUUUAUCUAAACCGUCCUCUCACAUACAACACUCUAAUGCAACCGAUAAAUUUACAAACAACCGAUGAAAUUCUCGACAACAUGACGUGCACGCUAUCCGGAUGGGGAACUACAAAACUUGGUGGAGAAGCUCCGAAUGACUUGCAAGAAAUAGACUUGAAGAUUUAUCCACAGCAAAAAUGCGAGGCAGUAAACAAGAAUGUGAGAGAUUCUCAUAUCUGCACUUUGACUAAAGAAGGAGAAGGAGUAUGCCAUGGUGAUUCCGGUGGACCUUUAGUUUGUAAUGGAUUUCAAGUUGGUAUCGUCUCCUUCGGUACUCCCUGCGCGGUUGGAAAACCAGAUGUUUACACAAGAGUAUCUAGUUUCGCAAAAUGGAUUUCGAACAACUUAUAGAAUUAAAAUAAUUUAUAAUUUAAUUUGUUUAUUAAAAUAUUAUUUCAUCUUAAAUAAUUUAU